CACUUAUCCCGUGCGUAGAGAGUUCCAUGGAGCUCAAACCUUCCAACAAUAACAUUCUUGAGCAGCUGAGACAUGGGCUCGCUCGGUUCGAGCUUGUUUCCUCCCCUACUCCUUCUGUUGCAGAUUCAGUCUCCUCCGCGUCUUUUGUAGGCGCCACGCAGGGCAAUAGCUAUGCAUUCUUCGCAAGAAUCGGUUCUUCAAUGAAUCGGUCUCCGGCAGCGAAAAAGGUUGAGCAGUACGCUGUGGAUAGAGUUACUGGGGAUGGUCGGUGUCUAUUUAGAGCAUUGGUGAAAGGAAUGGCCUUUAACAAGGGUCUUACUCUCAACCCCCGGAGAGAGAGAGAUGAUGCAGAUGAGUUACGAAUGGCUGUGAAAGAGGUUAUAUGCAAUGACCCCAAGGAAAGGGACAAGUACAAAGAAGCUCUAGUGGCUAUCACAGUAGAUGAGCCUCUGAAACGCUAUUGCCAGCGGAUAGGAAGACACGAUUUCUGGGGAGGAGAGUCCGAGCUACUUGUUCUUUCCAAGCUAUGUAAACAGCCAAUCAUCGUCUACAUACCAGAGCACGAGCAUGGGAAAGGAGGAGGGUAUGGGUCGGGUUUUAUACCGAUUGCAGAGUAUGGAUCUGAGUUUCGAGGAGGUUGGGGAAAAGGGAAGACGAACAAGAAUGUUGUUAGGCUUCUUUACAGUGGUAGAAACCAUUAUGAUUUGCUUCGCUAGACCAACCAUUUUUGCCUCGUUUCUUGCUUGAAUUACCCGCCGUUGACUUUAUUGAUAUUAUUAUUGAGUGACUUUAAACAUUAUAAGAGAUUGGAGUUUUGUACUCUUUGUCAAAUUGUUAAUUAAGGUAAAACAAA